GGCAGCAGCCGAAGAGGCCGCGGCGGCGGGUCCGAGUGGCGGAGGCGGCGCGGGCGGCGGCGGGGGGCCGGGUGGCCGGGGUCCCGGGCCCCGCAGCGGCGGCAGCGGCGGCGGCGGCAGGAUGAUCAAGCUGUUCUCGCUGAAGCAGCAGAAGAAGGAGGAGGAGUCGGCGGGCGGCACCAAGGGCAGCAGCAAGAAGGCGUCGGCGGCGCAGCUGCGGAUCCAGAAGGACAUAAACGAGCUGAAUCUGCCCAAGACGUGUGACAUCAGUUUCUCAGAUCCAGACGACCUCCUCAACUUCAAGCUGGUUAUCUGUCCUGAUGAGGGCUUCUACAAGAGCGGGAAGUUUGUGUUCAGUUUUAAGGUGGGCCAGGGUUACCCGCAUGACCCCCCCAAGGUGAAGUGUGAGACGAUGGUUUAUCACCCCAACAUUGACCUCGAGGGCAACGUCUGCCUCAACAUCCUCAGGGCCUGUGGUGGCUGCCCGCUCACCAGCCCCUAUCAUGAUGCUCUCUGCCCACAGAGAGGACUGGAAGCCAGUCCUUACGAUAAACUCCAUAAUUUAUGGCUUGCAGUAUCUCUUCUUGGAGCCCAACCCUGAAGACCCACUGAACAAGGAAGCCGCCGAGGUCCUGCAGAACAACCGGAGGCUGUUUGAGCAGAAUGUGCAGCGCUCCAUGCGGGGUGGCUAUAUCGGCUCCACUUACUUCGAGCGCUGCCUGAAAUAGGGCUGGCGCAUACCCACCCCUGCCAGGGCCACCAGCCCCGGCGUCCCCUGCAGAUAUUUAUUGGGGGCCACAGGUGGGGGGACAUGGGGCGGCCGGUGGGGGAAUCCCAUGCCCUGGCCGGCCACCCCUCCCUGCUACCCGCUCCUAGUUUUUUUUUUUUUUAAACCACCAUGUGAUUAAGGUCGGCGCUGCCUCCUCCGACCCGCUCAGCGAUGGGAAAUGAAUUGGCUUGUCUAGCCCCCCGCUGGGUGCUGUCCAGCCCCACCCCCUACUCUGGGCUCUGGGGUGGGUGGCCAUGGGGAUUUGGGUGGCUGGGGACCCGGCAGCCCACCCCCUCCACCACUGGAGGUCCCACCAGGCUAUUAAAGGGGAAUGUUACUGCA